AUGUCUCAAGCUGAAAUCGAGCGAGAGAUUAAAAACAAUGAUAAUGAAGAUCCUGAUUCAACAAUUGCGAGAGCAGCCGCUGUUGUUUGGCAAUGGGCUCAAAAACAACCGGCUAAGGUUAUUACGAAUCAAGCUGUGAAAGCCGUUUUGAUUGAUGCUGGUCCCGCAGGUGUUGUGGCAGCUGUUAUAGCAUCGCUUCUCAUCGAUUCGAAAUCAGUUUGUUAA